UUUAUAACCAUCUCGAUCAAAAUAUAAAAAAAUAAACAACAAUUUAUAAUGAAUCUUCUCCCUAAAACUAAAGAAGAGUUCAGUCGAACUGACUAUUGGGACUCCUUUUUCAGAAAUAGAGGAUCGAAAUCAUUCGAAUGGUAUGGAGAAUAUCACGAUCUUUACUCCUACUUAAAUAAAUAUAUUAAAAAAAGUGAUAAUAUUCUUAUAACGGGCUGUGGUAAUUCUGACCUAGGUGCUAAUCUUCACGAUGCCGGAUUCAAAGAUAUUACUAAUAUUGAUACUUCAAAAGUUGUCAUCAAACAAAUGAAGGAGAAAUAUAAAGAGAAAACUAGCCUGGCUUACCUUCAAAUGGAUGCAUUGGAUACUACGUUUGAAAAUGAAAAUUUUAAUGUGAUACUUGAUAAGGGAACCUUAGAUGCUCUAAUGCCUGACUGCCAUGAAGCAACACUUAAAAAUAUAAGAAAAUAUUUCGAAGAAAUAAAUAGAAUAACAAAAAUUAGUGGUAGAUAUAUUUGUAUAUCUUUAUUACAGGAACAUAUACUGCAAAUUAUAUUGGAAUAUUUUCCCAGUAAUAACUGGAUGUUCAGAGUAAUCAGAUGUUUAGAAGCAGAACAAAAUGCAGUGAAUAAUGGGGAAAAACUAACACCUGUAUUUAUCGUUAUAUGUAUAAAAUUCAAAUCAUUACAGAAACAGAUUCUUGAAGUGAAUAUGAGCUCAAAUGACAAAAUGCAGCGAUUUGAGAGCAUUGAUCAGGUGAAAGAGGCUGUAUUAAACACACAAAGAGCCUUAUUCAUUUGUUCUAGUUUGCAACAAAGAUCAAUUGAAGCUGAAAAUGAAGUUAGUUUUGAUUUAUAUGAGGCUGAUAGUUCGAAACUGAAGUAUACGGUUUAUGUUGUUGAUAUUAUACCUGAUAAAAAAAAUACUUCAUAUGCUGCUUUUAUUGUCCCACAAGGAAGGGAAUCAGAAUGGCUUUUUUCAACAAAAAAUGGGAGAAAGAAAUUAGCUUCAAUAUCCCGGUGUAAUAGAUUACUGGUAGUUACAAUGCAUAGAGGCCUGAACUACGGGUCUAUUGAAGACAUACAGAAGGACUUGGGUGAUAUUAUACGCGAUACGACACCAGUCAAUUCUAAAAACAACAAGAUUCCUUGCUUAUCUCUAGGAGAAGAUGGAAUUGGAAGUCGUCAGGUAAUCCAUGAAGGUUUCACGAAAACCUCUGGUGGAUAUAUAAUUGAGGAUGUGGAAAUGGAGAAAAAAAAAUAUAGGAGGCUAUAUUUCCUAUCGAAUCAGCUCGUUAUACAAUCAGAAGCUAAAUUGAUAUCCUAUAAAAAUAGAAAAGGCAUUCUGAAAGAUAAACCAGAUCUCACUAAUCUCACAUGUACGCAUCACUUCUAUAUGGUACUGGCAGCUUCAAUUGCAUGCGAUAAUGAAAGAAAUGCUUCUGUGGCAGUGCUAGGAGUCGGAGGAGGUGGAUUGUGUUCCUUUUUGAAUAAGUACAAAUCGAAAAUGAGGAUCAUCGGCGUUGAAAUCGAUCCUGAAAUCAUCGAAAUAGCAACAAAUUGGUUUGGUUUACAGAGGAACAAUACUCUGGAAAUUAGGUGUCAAGAUGGGCUUCGAUACUUGAAGGAAGUCUGCGAUGAAGGAAGCACAUUGAAUGCGGUCUUAUUCGAUAUCGAUAACAAAGAUUCUUCUAUAGGAAUGAGUUGUCCACCAAAGGAAUUUUUGGAAGAGGAGGUUUUGGAUAAUGUCAGAAAAAUCAUAGCCGAAGCAGGUCUUUUCAUACUAAAUAUGGUUAUAAGAGAUGAAUCACUACUUGAACCACUUGUGAAUAAAUUGAAGGAAAAAUUCAAAAGGAUCUCGUCUUUCAAGAAUGAUGAAGAGUUAAAUGAAAUAUAUAUAUGUAGUAACAGAUCUUCUGAAAUUUCAAAAGAACAAUUGACAGCAGCUGUGAAUCAGUUGAAUGCUUAUUUUAAGAAAAACAACAAUUCUGACCAAGUACUUGAUUUAAAUCAUGAUAUAUUGGACAAAUAUAUAAAUAUAGUAUAAAA